CUCUAAUCAGUCAGACUAAAAAUCCGCUCAUUCACGCUGCUUUACUUCUUUUAUCUUAGUUGUGUUUAAAUAUUCAACGCUUCAUUUCAGUUUUGAGUGAACAAAAACUUUUAAAAAAGUGUUCAAAAUGAGUGAACGAAAAGCUGUGAUCAAAAAUGCGGACAUGGCGGAAGACAUGCAGCAGGACGCGAUUGAGUGUGCGACCCAAGCCAUGGAAAAGUUCAACAUCGAAAAGGACAUUGCAGCCUACAUUAAAAAGGAGUUCGACAAAAAGUACAACCCCACAUGGCACUGUAUUGUGGGCAGGAACUUCGGCAGCUAUGUGACGCACGAGACGAAGCAUUUCAUAUACUUCUACCUCGGACAAGUCGCUAUUCUCCUCUUCAAGUCCGGCUAAGUCCGAACAAACACGACUCCGACCACUUUUGGUGGGAUCCAAAUAGUCUUACAAAGCUGAUUGUCGAAUUGAUAAAAGACUCAUUAACUCUCGUUAGAAAGCUAAUCUCUUUUUGAAUUGACGCCAAUCCUUCGAUAUUACAAUUUGUGUUCAGUAUAGUUUCUCCUCAGUUGAUUAGUUUCUACUGAUAGUGAAAUAAACAUUUCUACUUUU